AACACUGUUGUCAAGACAACAUGUAAAUAACCGUACAUUGCAUGUGUAAUGUCAGGAUAGAAAUUCACAAUUCACUUAUUAUAAUUAUAUAAAGAACAAGAUGCCUCCUACUGCAGCUUUAAAAAAGGUUUUUAAUACAAAGUCCCUGAAAAAAGGAAGACCCAGUCAAAGUCGUGUUGACGAAGGAGACGAUUUGGAAGAAUGGAAAAAAUCCAAACAACUUCUGAGACCAAAAGAUCAACUGGAGCUAACAGAACCCGAAUUAAAAGACAUAAUAGCAAGACAACUGGGUACAAAUGAUCCGCUUAUUCCACAAAAUUUAAUACAAUUUAACCACGCUCAAGGAGCGUUUGAACUAAUUCCCCCUACCGGCCCUAUGAUAGUAGUUUACGAAACUCAAGGAACGCAAAUUCACAAAGAAUCAGAAGAAGCAAAAAAACAAGUAGAAGACCAAGGACUAGAUCCUUCUAUUCUUGAAAUAACUGAUAGUGCAGAAACAAUAAAACCUGAUGAACUUCAAAAUAUACCAGAAGAAACGCCUGGUGACGAGGAGACACAAGAAGAAGAAUCAGAGAAACCAGAAGUCGACAGUGAAAUGACAGAAGAAGACACGGAAAAGGAAACAGAAGUCGGGGAGGGAGAAGGGGAAGGAGAAGGUGAAGGUGAGGGUGAGGGUGAUAUCGAGGGUGAAGGAGGCAGAGCCGAAGACGAAGAGGAAAAACACCACCACGGCGGCAAACCGAAAAAAUUAACCAAUCAGUUCAACUUUUGUGAAAGGGCGGCUUUAACGUACAAUAAUCCUGUGAGAGUUCAAGAUACACAAACAACUCCACCACCAAUGGGAACCUUCUCGGCCAACGUUUUGCAGUGGGUGAUUUAUGAUGCUUAUCAAGAAGAUUAUGCCGCUCAACAGUUAGAAAAAGAGCUUGAACGAGAACGAAAAGAAAAAGAGAAGGCGCCAGUAUCACGACAUCAAGCCAUGACGCGAAAACUUGUCGGUAAGGCUCAAUUGAGCGAAGCCGUCCAAGGACGGGUUUUGGAAUGUUGGAAAGUCCUAGAAAGAAUGGUUAAUCAAAACACAUUUGACGAUAUUGCUAAAGACUAUCGAUACUGGGAAGAUCCUUCUGAUGAAUUCCGAGAUGAAGAAGGGACUUUGCUCCCUUUGUGGAAAUUUACGUAUGACAAGACUAGAAAAAAUACUGUUACUGAUAUUGAAUGGAACCCACAUUAUUACGAUCUUUUUGCCGUUUGUUUUGGAUUUUUGGACUUCAUGAAGCCUUUAGAUGAAGGGGCUGUGUGUUUGUUCACUUUAAAAAAUCCUUCCUUUCCUGAAUAUAUUUGCAUGACCGAUUCUGCGGUGAUGUGCGUAGACACCCACCCAAAAUAUCCAUAUAUGGUAGUAAUAGGAUUAUACGACGGAAGCGUAAAUGUUUACAAUGUACAAGCAACCUGCAAACAGCCUGCAUUUAGAAGUAACAAUGUUACGAACAAACAUCGAGGAAUAGUUUGGGAAGUUAAGUGGGCUCCUGAUUUACCAGAUGGUGAAAUGAAUUUCUACUCCGUUUCUGAAGAUGGAAAAAUAAACAACUGGGUCUUGAUGCAAAACGACUUAGCUGUAACGACAAUAAUUACGUUAUUUUUGGCAAAAGAUGAGGUAUUCGGGCCUGAUGGGACGAAAUUAAAGAUGAAAGGAUGUGCUUCCUGCGUUAAAUUUCAUCCGAAGCAGCCCUUAAUUUACUUAGUUGGCACAGAAGAGGGUAACAUUUACAAGUGUAGCACAGCUUACAGCUCUAUGUUUUUAUUAACAUAUCCAGCCCACCACAUGCCCGUUUACAGGAUAGAUUUUAACAGAUACAAUUCAGAUAUUUUUAUAUCGUGCAGUGGUGACUGGAGAAUUAAAAUAUGGGAAGAUAAUCGUUUGGAACCACUCUUUGUCUUCGAUGUAGGCGCCUGCGUAGGAGAUGUCAAAUGGGCCCCUUAUUCUUCAACAGUUUUUGCAGCAGUCACUAAUGAGGGAAAAGUUUACGUUUUUGAUUUAAACGUAAAUAAAUACAAACCAAUUUGUGUGCAAGCAAUAGUAUCAAAAAAGAGAAAUAAACUGACCAGGAUUACAUUUAAUCCAAUCCAACCCAUUAUCAUUGUGGGGGACGACAAAGGUUGUAUUUCCACGCUUAAAUUAUCACCCAAUUUACGGAUUCCUUGUAAAGCCCCAAAGAAACAACAGCAUCUAGAUCAGUGGACUCUCCAGUGUAUGAAAUUAGAUAAAUUAUUAUCACUAGUCAGGGAGCCAGCAACGUUAGACAUUCCGGAGGAUACAGCAGAGUCAAUAGAAUCUUGAACAGACGUACUUUAAU